GCCUUUGAGUUUUUGCGACGUCUUCCUCUGCGCAGCUUGCAAAACGCGCCCGCGGACGCAGCGCACCUGUCGAGGCGCCCCCCACAGCGCCCCGCAGCACCCCUGAAAAGCCCCGCCGCGCGCGCAGCGCCGCAAACUCAAAAGGCGCCAUAGCGCUGAAAACGCCAAACACGCCCUAGCCAUGGACCACGGCCCCAUCGGAGACGAAAACGAGGACCCCAUGGACGUCGACGCCCCGCCCUCGCCCACCGCGGCCGAGCCGAGCCCCGACGCGACGCGCCCGUCGCCGAUGGACGACGACGACAGCGACGACAACGACAUUACCCUAGAUCAGAUGCGCGAGAAGGCGAGGAUUCGGCGGGAGGCGUCGCCCGAAGCAUUGCGCGAGGCGGACCAGGCGUCGCGCAUGGAGAGAUUGAAAAAACAGCGCGAGCGCGACGCGCGGGACUUGGAACGCAAGGCCACGGAGCUGCCCAUCGCCAAGAGGGAGAAGGACGAGGCCAAGCAGAAGUUGAAAGAAUUAACGAGGCAGAAGUCCGCCCUGGAAAAUGAGCUGAGGAAGGCGCGCGAGGGCGGCGUUUCUAGAUCGUUACUCCCCUCACUCGAUCUACCGGAACCGAGAGGAAGGUUACCCAUCGCCGAAGAAUUGAUGGCCCCCGCCUUAUUGGCGUGGGACUGCGCCCAGACCUUCAACGACAAACUAAGCUUGUGUAGAUAUUCAUUUGAUGACUACGCUCAUGCGGUGAGCGGGCCGGAGAACUCCGUGUUGUUGAUUGAAACGGUGCGGGGCAUGCUGCGCAUGGUGCUCAAGGAGGGCCUAGUGGGCCUCGACGAAGAAGAUGCGGCGGACGAGGCCGCGGCCGAGGCUGCCGAGGCCAAGGCGGAGGAGGUCAGUGGCCAGUGUCGUGAAUGACUAACUUGCCGGGGUCGCGUCGAUGGCGUCUUCGUGAGCCCACGUCGCCGCGACGCCUUCAUGAUCACACGAGAGUCGACGCGUCUCGCGCGCGAGCCUCCGUUCCACGCAGGAAGAACAGGAGGAUGCGGCCGAGGAGGAGGACUCCUACGAGGAGGAGGAAGAGGAAGAAGAAGACGAGGAGGAGGCCGAGCCCGAGCCCGUCUACCAGGGCCGCAAGCGCAAGAAGGUCGACCGCCUCGGCCACAGCGCGACGCCGCCGGCGAAGAAGCGGCCGCCUAGAAGCGCUAGAAGAAGACGUUCGAUAGCCCAGGCUGAUACUGUGACACCUUCCAACUGGGAGUCCAUGCUCAGAAGAUCUUUACGGUCAUGCGUGCACGUCGCCGCGGGCAAGCGGGACGCGUGGUUCUCGAGUGCUGCCGGUGCGCAUCAAGCGAGAAGGUCCAUGAAGGAGACGCCCUUCUGCUCCCUACCGUCCGACCAGAAGGUGAGCGCCAUGGCUGUCCUGGCUUUGGCUGUGUAUCGCACGCAAGCCUGCAGAAAAGCCCUCGUAGCGCGCAAGUCCGCCGAAGAGUCCUGGGCCAAGGAGGAGAAGAAGAAGCAGAAGCAGGCGCGCAAGGACGCUGAUUCAGCAAAGGCUCAAUUGAAAAAAGAGGCCCUCGAGAAGAUAAAAAAGGAACGCGCCGAGCGCGCGAAGUUGUUGGGCGACAAGGCGCCCAUCAAAGCAGCAGACAUCAAGGAGAAGGAGAUCACCGCCAAAAUGAACGCCAUGAGCAAGGAACGAGCGCUGGGUGGAAGGAAGGUGUUAGCUGGCCCACCUGAUGAUGAACCUAUCUCAGACGACGAGGAGGAGCUCGACACGGAGGAAGACGGCCUCAAAACUUCCGAGAGGAAGAAGCGCCAAGCUACCAAUCAAGCUAUUAGACGUAGGAAUAAGAAUCGCGUGUCGCGGCGCUACGAGCGCGAAAAGAGAGAUAAGUAUAGAGAGUCGGCGUUUCGGGAUUUAAGAGCGGCGUUGCAGUCUGGUGACAUUAAAUUGCUCAAGAACGCCUUAAAGAGCGCAGACCGAGCGGACUUGAUGGGCGACGAGGGCGGCCCGGACGACGAACCGUGGUGCAUCACUCCCGUCGCUGAUGCUUUGAGGAAGUUGGCGUCGGCGAACCCCGCGCACACCAUGUGUACCUACGAGAUGCGACAGACCAGAGACGAAGUUGGUGGAAGGACAAACACCGGGGUUCGUAGAGAGCCGUUAGGUAUAGAUAGAACCGGUACGCGCUACUACGACUUCGACGAGAAGGACGAGGACCAUGGACUGUGUCGAGUGUUCGCCCAGACCCUCGUCGAGGCUCCUCCACCGAAGAAGGUGCCACCGACGCCUGGUGGAGUUACGGAGAGUGUAUCCGAGUUACCCCAACAGUUAAGGGAAACAUCCGAGUGGAAGUGCUACGCGUCGAAACAGGAAGUCAAGGCGUUGUACCGAGCGCUAGAUGACGCCUUUGAAGAGGAACGCGACUUAAAAAAUGCUCUGGCCGAUAGAUAUCAUGCCGAUAGACCGGACGAGGGCGACAACGGCUGGCUCAAGGAAGGUAAUGAAGCGUUAGGUUGCAUCAUCGCGAAGAAAUAUGGGAGACAGUUCAAGCAGGGCGUCGUGACGGGCUUCGUCCCCGAGGGCUUCGAGGAGCAAGACGGCGACGUCCAGCAGAUGGACCUCUGGCACGUCGAGAUCGACGACGGCGACUCGGAGGACUUUGAAGCGCAUGAAUUGGAGGCUGGUAGGGACACGCACAACCGGAGCUUCCGCCGGUACACGAACAUGGCCCAGGGCGACAAGAUGCACGACUACCGCGAGUGCCGCAACGAGGUCUACAACCAGUUCGGGGGGACCGGGCGGCGCGACCUCGAGCAGGCGGGGUACUCGGCGGCGCAGCUCGACGACCUCCUUGAUUAGUCGUCUCCCUUGGGGGGCAUAAGCUUAUUCUAUAGUUA